AACAACACACACUUUUAAGAUUCUAUCGAAAAACCAAUAAACCAGCUGCAUUUAUUACAUGUACGACGUUAAGUCUGUAUUAUACCAUGCACUGAUUCUGUACUAUUGACUGUGUUUAAUCAUAGAUGGGUUUAUACGUCUAUCAUGGAUUAUUCUAUACCUAACGUCAACAGAUUUCCAAUAAACAAGGAGGAAUGUUCUUAUUACAGCAGAUUUACUCGAGUGUGUGCAACUAACAAACAAAGUGGAUGAGGUCUAGUACUAAUUUGACUGUUUGAAGUUUCGGAAAUGUUACCACAUGUUCAGACGUCAACGUUGUUCAAAAACACUUGUGAUUACAGUUGCCAUCGCCGUGACCUAUAUUUUGGCGUGCAACCUUUUUACAUUAUAUCACUUGUCUAAAUCAAAGCCAAACUACUUCGUACACAAAUAUGGACUUUUAUACCUAGGGCACCUACAAACAUUUAAGAAUUGGACUUGUAAACCAGUGCUACUUUCUAAGAUCCCGCUGCCAUCAACAGCCUUGGCUAGUUAUCCAGGAUCUGGAAAUUCUUGGUUACGUCAUUUACUUCAGCAGACGACAGGAAUAGCAACAGGAAGUGAAUAUGUGGACUUUUCCUUGAAAUAUCAUGGAUUUUUAGGGGAAGGUAUAACCAACUCUUCUGUUCUGGUUGUCAAGACUCAUGAAUAUGGAAAUACAACAUUGUUAAAAUAUGACAGAGCUAUUCUAUUAAUCAGAGCACCAGAAGAGGCACUUUUAGCAGAAUUCAACAGAAGAUACGCAGGUCAUCUUGGGCAUGCUCAGAAAUUGCAUUUUAAGAAAGAAUGGAAGCCAUUUUUGUUCGAGGAAAUGGACAAUUGGUAUAAUUUCAAUAAAAGAUGGUUGACCUUCAAAGGACAACUAUAUGUUGUAAAGUAUGACAAGCUUAUACAAAAUACGUCAAUGGAGAUAGUGGCCUUAUUGAAAUUCUUAAACAUAUCCGUGUCCAGUAAAGAAUUGUUGUGUGUUGUCCGAAAUGUUGACGGUCAUUUCAAACGGCCAGGGACUUAUCAUAAUUAUUCCGGUCAGAAAUUGUAUCAACCGACAAUAAAACAGACAUUGGCUGCAUACUGGAGAGAAAUUACAAUGUUAGUGCAUAAAAAACAGCUAGGUUUUUAAUUAUUAAAUGCCAACCUACUGCUGUUUUUGAACAUAUUUAGGUAAUAAAAUUUAUUUGUACAUAA